GUGAGUUAUAGUUUAACUAUUGAAACUGAGAUAUAUUUGCAUUAUAUGGGUCAUGAUACAGGUUGAAGGACAUUGUUGCUUUUGUUUGUGGGUUGGUAGGUGAAUCCAAGCGAGUGCUGGCCAUGGCUGAUAACGAGGUUGCUGUUUUAAAAGAAGCCCUUUGCAACCAGUACAUUAUAAUUAAAAAGCUUUACAUGGAGCUAGAGGAGGAGAGAGAAGCUUCAGCAACCGCAGCAAGUGAAUCUCUAUCCAUGAUAUUGAGACUUCAGAGAGAAAAGGCUGUCGAGAAGAUGGAAGCACGCCAAUACAAGAGAAUGGCAGAGGAAAAGAUGCAUCAUGCUGACGAGUGUUUGGCGAUUCUCAAGGAAAUUAUGCAGCAGAAAGAAAUGGAGAUUUCAAUCCUCAAGUACCAACUGCAGGCAUAUAAGCCCAAGUUGUUAACUGGUCUCAAUAAUGGAGAAAUAGGAACUUCCGAAAGUUUAUUUUCAUGCGGAAUUAAUGACUCCUCGGACAAUGCUAGCUUCCAUGGUUUUUUUAGAAGGAAUGUCUCUUUGCCUUGUCUACGAUUGGAUAAACUGUGUUCUGAGAUGGACACCGUUAAUGGAUGCAGUCCAUUGUUUCCUUCUGGGCAAUCAGUCUGGAGGAAGAUUGGUGAAUACACUAGCCAGCUAUCUGAAAGAUAUAAAGAAAGUGAAAGGCCAGACUUAUGUGAGGUUUCUGUAAGUGAAGGUCACAAUUCUGAAGAAGUAAAUGUGAAGGCUAAAGCUGAGUCAAACUUGAGAAGCAAUGAACAUCAAAGAAUCACAAGUGCUUGUCUUGCUAAUUCAGGAGAUGUGUCUACAUCUUGUUCAUGGUGUUCGAUAGUAAGUGGUGAGACAUCAUAUCAUUCAACUGUAGGAGGCAUAGAGUCAAAUUUAGAUGGUGAAUGUGCUUUGUCUUCAGCUUCUCAAGCUGAAGACCUGCACAAGUUAUCAGAGUGUGAUGAUCUUGGUAAUUCAUGUCUUCAAAUUGAAUCAAAUCAAAGCACAGUCCAUUCUGCCUAUAUCCAUGACAUAUUUGAAAUCCCAGAAAGUUGUAAGGGUUGCAAUCCUAGUGAACCUCUCAAGCAAGUGUCAGACGAAUUUACCCUGGAGACCAAGGACAUGAUUGGAAUGCCCAACUUAACGCCACAAGAAGCAGCAGACUACCUUUUCAAAGAUGAUGAUUGGUUAAGCAGGGCGUUCAUGUAUAUGAACCAUGGAAGCAGGUUAUCCACACCAAAGCAAGGUGCUCCAGAUUACCUUACAGACAUGCCAUCUAUGCGAAUAAAAGGGGCUUCGUUGAACUACCACAGGAUGCUUGUGGAUCCUCAAGUUGGUACAUCUACACUCGAGACUGAUUUUGAACAGAUCAAAGAACGGUUACAGCAUAUUGACUAUGAUAACAUUAUGAAGCUGGAUGAUUCUGAGAAGGGCAAGGAACAGUUGAAGUUAUUGAGAGAGAUCUAUGAGCUGCUCAACACAAUAGAAUCCCACAUUAGAAGUUUUAAAUGUCGGAAGUACCCUCCAGAGGAUGACUCCCCAUUAGUCUCUGUUAUGGAGCAGGCAGUACUUUCCUUCUCAAUCUAGUCCUCUCAAAUUCAAGCAAUACCUGGCAUGUUCUACUCAAAGAAUGUGCUGCAAUUCGUCCAGGUUGCAUGGUUUUGUGGAGAGCUGGUAUUGUUUCCUUAUGAUGGUUUGGAAGGAAGAAAAUAAUCAUGUAUUUGUUGAUUGGACUACAAACUGUAUAUAAAGCAUUUUAUCGAACAGGAUAUGUUCAGAUGCUCAGAUCUGUAUGUUCAUGUCCUAUUGGGAACUUGUCUUAAUCUUAUAUGGUAAAUCACUAUUAGUUGCUUGCCUACCUUGUAAAACAUGUCUGUUCAUGAGAAAUGCUUUUUGUGGGGAAAAUAUACCGAUUAUGCUGAACAAGCCCGCAAUCAAGUUCAUUCUCUUUUAUUAAUUUGCACAAUUCUUCAAUGCUUCUCUUAAUUAUCAUGGUGUUGUUAUUGAGUCAUACCUUCAGGUAUAACUUCUGGGCUCAGACAUCUUCUAAUCUUGGAUUUAGCUCCACCUUGGAUUCUCUAUGCUAAUGCUUUAGUCUUCCUGCUGGCUUCCACUUCCUAAAUUUGCUCUCACUCUGCUCUGCACCAUGUAUGAUGCUGAUAACUUGGUUCCAGCUUCUGCUCCAUGUGCAUCAACCUUCUAACCUCUUUUGGUCUCUGGUUGGAUCAUAAUUUCAAGAUCAUGCAUCAAGACUCAGCCACUUCCUGUGUUUGAUGUUCAUAUUCGUUCAUCACUCAUCUUCUUUCUGCACCUUGUUCCUAGGACUUAGUUCACUCUUUGUUGAGCUUCAUACCACCUGGUAUCUUGUCUCUGUUUAUUAGUGCUGAUUGGUAGAUCUCUGGUAGUGUUUGCAUGUGGUGUUAGAUGGCAUCUUCAUGCAUGUCUUUUUCGUUGCCAAUUAACUUUAACAGGCCGCUUAUUUCAGUCAGUACGUCCUGUCCCCAGUUUGGACUGUCAGCCCCUUAUUAUUCAUUUCAUGGUCGAUCUAUGACCAUGGUGAUCUAGCUUGAUUUAGAGAUUUUUAGGAUUGCGACUUAUGCUGCAAAUAUAUUGCUAAACAUAUUUAUUUCUAUUAUAUUGCCUACUGAUGUACGUUGAUGUUUUUUUAAUCAUUAUUAUUUUUAUGUCUUCAAAUGACUUGGACCAUUGAAUCUUUGUGUACAUGUUAAUGUAAUUGAGUGCUGUAAGUAUAUAUAGUUAACCAUGCAUCACAAUAAGAUAGCAAAUCUGCAAGAUCGUUGCUCUUGAAUUUGCUAACAUGAUUCAUACUAGUCCUGGGCUCUAGAUAUAAUGCUCUUAUUCAGCUUCAGGACUCAACAAUAAUUUUUUCUAGAAGCUUUAAAUAUAUUCAACAUCUUUUCGUUAACCAAAAUUUAUUCAUCCUUUAAUGGUCUCUUGUUUUGCUCCCUAGAUACCUGAUUUCUGCACAAUUUGAUUAUCUUGCUGAUUUCACUUUGCAACCAGGUGUUCCACCAUAACAAAUUAUCGCUGGACUUGAUCAAAAGAAUCUAAGUUGAGGUCAGCAAUUUAUUUUGAACUGGAACAAAAAAAAAAAA